UACACGCAUUUCUUAAAAGUCUUUCGAGGGUAACAGGAAAAGUAAUGGGUUCGAACGGUCACAGUGCAAGGUCCAUUUGCAACGGUAGCAACGUCUCCAGUGCCUUUUCUGCCCUGCAUCUACUCAGGAGCUACAGCCUACUCGCCCCGCCACCAGAUCUCUGCAGAUACGAUCAUUUCACCAGCCGUGAAUUCGGGUUUGGAGAAUCCGAGAGGCCUCGUGGAUUAACAACUGGAGAAACUCCCAUGUCACCGCUAACGACAACGUUUGCACUUCCGGCUGGUCUCCUACAGCCACCUGUGCUUACAGCAGUACCGCCGUAUAUCCAAUCGAUAAACGUCGCUCAGCCGAGCUCUGACGUCACACACGCUGCUCUUGUCGGACGUCAUUUCAUCAGCACUAACGGAACAGCUACGGCUGCCCUUCAAAAGCGGCAGCGUGGCGAUAAGAAGCCGAUUCCCACCGAGCAGAAGGACGAGAAGUACUACGAGAGGAGAAAACGCAAUAACGAAGCCGCAAAGAAGUCUCGGGAUGCGCGAAAGAUCCGCGAGGAUCAUAUUGCCCUAAAGGCCAUGAUGCUGGAACACGAAAACGCGAUUCUGAAGGUCCAAAUUGCGACCUUGAGGGAGGAGGCGCAGUCCCUUCGGCACGUCCUGAUCAAGCAGCAAACCUCAGGACUUUCGUCGGGCAACCCUAUCGACGCCACGACAGUGACUAGUCGGGAUCCUCGAUCUCAACCGCGGUCGACGGCUGCCUCGUUAUCUUGUCGGGUCUAGUUUUUUAUUCGAAGCUGUUAUCAUUUAGAUAUAAUGCACCGUAUGUACAGAUUUAUUACUC